AUGCUAUCGACCAAAAUGAGUUCAUUAGUUUUACUUACAAGCAUCUUCUUAUGUUUGGAGGCUGUGCAGUUUCGUGGUAGAAGUGGCUCUGGGCCAGUUCCUCUUCCCUAUGACCCAAACGAGUUUUUCACACGUCAAGUGGAAAGUACGGCUAAGCAUGGUUUGCCUAAAUGCUUUGAUUGUCAAAAUAUUGCUGUGGUUGGAGCAGGUGUAUCUGGUCUAAUUAAUGCUAUAGAAUUAUCAACGGCUGGUCAUCAUGUGACCGUGUACGAAGCCAGCGAUCAUCUGGGUGGUCGCAUUCUAACACAUCGUAUCCCAGAUAAAGGCUAUAUAACAGACGAUUUAUGGAAUGAUGCGAUGAAAUCAGUAACAUACACGAGUUACGAUGAUCUCAAAGUCAAGUAUGACAAAUAUAGUAUUGAAGGAUACUUUCUUGAACAUGAAAAUAUGUCUCGUGGUGCCAUUGAUUUUAUUUCGCUUAUGUACAAUGUUGAUAUGCAAACAAGUCUAAUUGAAAUGGUUCGAAGUACCGUUAUUUUGACUUUAAAUCCGGAGUAUUCACAAAUUGAUGGGGGUUUCAGUUUAUUGAUUGAUGAGUUUGAACGUAAUUGUAAAAAUGUGCCUGAUAAUCGAUGUAACAUCUAUACAAAUACAAGAGUGAAAGAAGUUCAUUACAUUGAAAAUCCGAAUAACUCUUCCAUUGAUCCUUGGGUUCGUCUGGUGAUAGGUGAAAAUUCUACAGCAAUACGCGUUGACUCUGUGAUUGUUUCGACAACGGCAAGAGCAGCUAGUUUAAUUGAAUUUGAACCUAGAACCUAUUUUGUCGACAAAUAUCGUGCCUUGCGUCAAUUGCAUUACGAUUGCGCAACGAAAAUAGCUCAUUCAUUCAGUCGUCCAUUUUGGCGCGAUGAAAACAUUCAAGGUGGCUACUCGAUUACUGACUUACCUAUAAGAGGUAUUUAUAAUUUAUUUCUAUUCGUUAUGGUGUUGUACGCACUACACAACGAGGAAUUAAUCAAAGCUGAAUUAAGCAACGUGAUUGAUGCAUUAAGAGUUAAAUCAUCUUCUCGAGAUGACUUAAAUAUUAAUGCACCAGUCACGUUGCUUAAUUCAAAUUAA